AUGUCAAUUGUUGGAUUAGGUUACAUUGAAAUAUUCCUAGCAAUACUAUGUUUUUUCUUGUUUCAUUCCCUAACACAUCCAAAGGGAUACCCAAAAAGAUGGCCAAUUGUUGGUAUGUUACCAAGUAUACUUUUUCACAUAAAACAUAUUCAUGAUAGGCUUACUGUCAUCAUGAGUAAAUCAGGUGGAACUUUUGUAUCAAAAGGUCCAUUAUUUGCAAAAAUGGACAUAUUAGCUACAAUUGAUCCAUCAAAUGUACACUACAUUAUGAGUCAAAAUUUCAUGAAUUUCCCAAAAGGGAGAAAAUUCAAGGAAUUUUUUGAUGUUUUAGGAGAUGGAAUUUUUAACUCGGACAUGGAUUUAUGGAAGAUUCAAAGGAAAACGACUCGUUCUUUGAUCACUCAUCAACAAUUUUACAAGUUUUUAAUCAAGACUAGUCGCGAAAAAGUGGAGAAAGGACUUAUUCAUGUUCUUGAUCAUGUUUGUAACAAGGGUGUCAUUGUAGACUUACAAGAUUUAUUUCAAAGGUUCACUUUUGAUACUACUUGUAUAUUAGUUACUGGAUAUGAUCCUGGUUGUGUAUCAAUUGAUUUCCCUCACGUUCCUUUUUCGAAAGCUAUGGAUGAUGCUGAAGAAGCUAUUCUUUUUAGACAUGUUAUACCUGAGCCAAUUUGGAAGCUACAAAGAUGGCUUGGAAUUGGAGAGGAAAAAAAGUUGAGUAAAGCUUGGGAAACUAUGGAUAAUGUUAUAGGUAAUUAUAUAUCUAAAAAACGCGAUGAGUUGAGAAAAAUGGAUGAAGUGGAAGAGAACGAUGAGGGUUUUGAUCUUUUGACCUUUUAUCUCAAAGAAGGUCAUUGUGAUGAUAAGUUCUUGAGGGACACUAUCUUGAACCUAAUGAUCGCGGGGCGUGACACUACAAGCUCAGCUCUAACAUGGUUCAUUUGGCUUGUCACGAAAAAUCCACAAGUGGAGAAGAAAUUAAGGGAAGAAAUCAACUCAAUUAUUCCAAAAGAAGAAAAUGGAAAAUUUAGGGUUUUCAAUGUUCAUGAAUUGAACAAGUUGGUUUAUUUACAUGGUGCAUUAUGUGAGUCACUAAGGUUAUAUCCACCUGUUCCAUUUCAACACAAGGAGCCACUUGAAGAAGAUACUCUCCCAAGUGGUCAUAAAGUUCACCCAAAGAUGAUGAUUUUGUUCUCAUUGUAUGCAAUGGCGAGGAUGGAGUCGAUCUGGGGGGGAGAUUGUUUAGAAUUCAAGCCAGAAAGAUGGAUUUCAGAGACAGGAACGAUAAAGCACGAGCCUUCGUAUAAGUUCAUGGCGUUUAAUGCUGGACCAAGGACUUGUUUAGGGAAAGAAGUGGCUUUCACUCAAAUGAAAGCUGUGGCUGCUACUAUCAUACAUGAUUACAAAGUUGAAGUUGUGGAAGGACAAACUAUUGAACCUAAUUCUUCUAUUAUUCUCUAUAUGAGAUAUGGUUUUAAAGUUAGGAUUAGUAGGAGAUGGACUUAG